AGGCACCAUUUGAAUAAGUAAGUUGAUACAACACUUACGUAGCAUUUUUUUUAUUAUGUUUUGACGGGAAUAAAUUUUCUGUUUUGUUUAGUAAAGUGCACCUAACUGGAUCUACAAGGACAAUAUACUUAGUUGAAUCCAAAAAUAGUAUUUUUAAAUUGGUGGUUGAGGUGUAAGGAAAAGUGCAAUAUAUUUACGGCAAUCUUAGGUAAGAUCACCCAGCCAUGGACCCGGCUCUAGCUCUGGACGUGAAGAUCCUGUCCCAACUGCGCUCAGUGAGAGCGGCCGAGGAGCGGGGUGAUAGUGACAUACAGAGACUGUAUGAAGGAGCUGUCGUGUUCAUCACUGGAGGCACUGGGUUUUUGGGGAAGCAGCUGGUUGAGAAGCUUUUGAGAGCAUGUCGCGGUAUAAAGAAGGUUUACCUUCUAUCGAGGAGCAAAAAAGGAAAAUCUAUGACUGAAAGACUGAAAAUCACAUUGGAAGACCCGGUUUUCGAUGAGGUUCGGAAGGUGGACCCCGAGUUUGAGAAGCGAAUCCAGCCUGUUGAGGGGGACAUCAUGGAGCUGCGUCUGGGCCUCAGUGACAAGGAUUGGGAGACAUUGGCUAGUGAGGUAAACUUCAUAUUCCACGAAGCGGCCACAGUCCGGUUCGACGAGCCCAUCAAGGUGGCCAUCAUCACCAACGUGAGGGGCACCAGGGAGUGCCUGGCUCUAGCCAGGGACUGUAGGAACCUGCAGGCCUUCGUGUAUGUGUCCACGGCGUACUCCAAUUGCAAUAAGAGCUCGGUGGAAGAGAAGCUGUACCCGGCGCCGGUGCCCGCGCAGACCAUGAUCGAGUUUGUGGAGAAUGUGGACGAGAGUCGGCUGGAUGCGCUCACUCCUACGCUCAUAGACGGCUGGCCGAACACAUACACGUUCUCGAAGGCUAUCGCUGAAAAUGCGGUGAAGACAUUCGGACAUGGACUCCCCAUUUGUGUGGUGCGACCGUCUAUUGUGGUUCCUACAUACUUAGAGCCAGUACCGGGCUGGUUGGACAUCAGCAAUGUGUUUGGGCCUAGCGGUAUAAUCCUAGGCAGCGGCAUAGGCCUAGUCCGGACGCUCUGGGUGGACCCCAACGUCAUGUUGGACCUGGUCCCGGUGGACUACGUCAACAACCUCACCAUCGCAGCCUCCUGGGACACCGUGCAGAGGAAUGAAAGUGGGGACACGGAUUUGAAGUUCUAUACGGUUUCGUGUAUCCGCAAUCGGUUUACUUGGGUAUCCCUCCGCCAAACAGCCGAGAAGGUCGGUAGGAAACUCCUGUCCCCCAAGACGGUCUGGUACUGUGACUGCACAGAGGUGGUCAGUCGGCGAGCCUUCCAGUUUUACACGCUGCUGCUGCACCUGGUCCCUGCGCUGCUGGUGGACACUGUACUGGCAGUUACUGGGAUUAGUCAGAUCAGACUGACAAGAAUCUACAAAAAGGCGUACAAACUGAACACAACGCUCAGCUAUUUCCUUAUCAAGACGUUCGACUGGCACGAUGACAACACACUGGCUUUAUUCAACAAACUGUCCAAAACUGACCAAGAAAUCUUCACUUUUGACAUAGCGCGAAUUGACUACAGGAAUCUGAUGAUCAUUUGGUGGUUAGGCCUCAGGAAGUUUAUCAUAAAAGACGAGUUAAAAGGAACGGAGGAGGCUGUGAAAAGACAACCUUAUUUGAAGGUCGCUCAUUAUGUUAUAUCGUUAUUGUAUAUUUUCUGUAUUUAUAAAGUGCUUUCGUUAGUUUUAAACUUGUUAAUGUAUUUAGUAAGCUUUGUAUUUUAAGGUUAAUUUUAGAUAACUAAAUAUUAUGUUUGAUAGAUGGAACUGUUAUGUUUGAGUACUAAGUUGUUAGGUUAAUUUAUUGAAUAUAUCAUACAAAUUAUAAUCUAA